ACUUGACGGACACAUUGCCAUCUAUUCUUUGCAUGAAUGAAUCCAUAAAAGAACCAACAUGAAUGCAUCAGUAGCAACAACAAUCCACUCCUUUCCUCACCCACUACUACUCCCCACCACCGCCCAAUUACACCUCUUUGGAAGAAACUCUCGUCCUUCCACAUCCACCAAAUUACUCUCUAUCCUCUUCCACCCUCCUCCUCCUCCUCCUCCUCCUCAAGUUCUUCUUGUAUCCACCAAACUCAAAACCCAAAUCCCUCCUUCAAAUCCUCCUCCUCCACCUUGGACCGUCUCCGAGAUAUCAGACGCCGUCAAUGGCAGAAUCAUCAAAUGGGGUCCUCCAGGAACCAUUUCUACAGACACCAGAACCCUCCAACCCGGCCAAUGGUUCUUCGCCAUAACCGGCGAAAGAUUCGAUGCCCACGAUUUUAUUACCCCAGAUUUGUCCUCCAAGGGCUGUGUUGGAGUCAUUGGUAACUGGGUUUGUAACAAUUGGGACAAGGGUUUUGUUCAAGUUGAAGGUAAUACCGUAAUUUGGUUGGAGAAGAUGGGUAGUUAUGCUAGGAAUAGGUUUCAUGGUUGUUUGAUUGGGGUAACGGGUAGUGUUGGCAAGACCACUACAAGAACAAUGAUGGCAUUGGCACUUGAACGACUUGGGUCCGUUCACCAGAGUUGUGGGAAUUGGAAUAAUCGAAUCGGGGUUGCUUUGUCUUUGAUAGGGAUUCCUAGGAAUACGGAGAUGGUGGUUUUGGAGCUGGGGAUGAGUGGGAAAGGAGAGAUUUUGGAGCUCGCGAGGACGUGCAGGCCGUCCGUAAGGGUGAUUCUGAAUGUGGGUGCUUCACAUUUGGAGAAUUUCGGGAGUUUAGAAGAGGUUUCGAUGGCGAAAGGGGAGAUCCUAAGGGAAGCAAAGCCUGGGGAUGUGUGUGUUCUGAAUGCCGAUGAUCCUCUUGUUAUGAGCCUCCCUAUCCCAGCUGGAGUUCAAAGGGUGCUCUUUGGUCAGAGUACGGAUAGCAAUGUUCGGUUGGUUUUGGCUGAAAGUACAAAUGGAGGUCUUGGCGUUCGAGUCGUUUUAGAGAGAAAUAAUGAGACGGUGGAGUUUGUGCUCUCCAGUCCUGGUCUGCAUUUGGCUAUGAGUGCGUGUGCAGCAGCAGCUGUUGCAACUGUGUUGGGAGUUCCUCUUCCUCAAGUCGGGAAACGCUUGUCAAGAUUUCGUUCUGUUCACAUGAGAUUAGAGCUUGAAGUUGCUGCAAGUGGUAUCCAAGUAAUCAAUGAUGUUUACAAUGCCAAUCCUGUUAGCACCAAAGCUGCUUUUGACACGCUGAAAGGAAUUAGCUGCAAAGGUAAAAGAGUUGCAAUACUCGGGGACAUGUUAGAACUUGGUCAGACAGAAAUAGAGUCGCAUGAGAUGACAUUAAGGUAUUGUUGCAGUGCUGGUUUUGAUAUAGUUGCCCUUGUUGGGAAGAGAUUUCUUGCAGCAGCUGAGAAUUUGGAUCUAGUCAAAGGGAGGCACGUCUUACAUGCCGACAAUUCAGAAACCAUUGUGCCUGAAAUAGUCAAAAGGUUGAACCAUAAUGAUGUUGUCUUGGUGAAGGGCAGUCGCGCAAUGCAGAUGGAGAAAGUGGUUGAUGCAAUUAAAUCUCUGUCUUCGAAUUUCAUGUUACCAUUCUAGGAGAGAUUUUAUAUAAAGGUUCUCUCUCUGAACACAAACACACUGAUAAUCAACUUCCCCAUCAUGUUGGAAGCCAAUGGCAGAGCAAGUUCCUCUUAACAAGGCCCAGUUGAUAUUAGUUCUUAACGUUAUAACCUUUCAGAGUUAGUUUCUUUUCAUGUAAAGUCCUCCUUUUCAACCUCAAGUGUUGGCUUUAUGAUUAUUUUAUUUUAUGUUUCUGGCUUCCACUUUGCAGUGUGGGACAACUUCACAUCAUAGUUCUGUUUUUGUACCAUGUAGUGCACUUUUAUGUAGAAUGAAUGAGUUAAAACUUAAAAGUGAUGGAGAUUGGGACA